AUGCAACUCCGGACUCUCCUUCUGACCACUGCCCUCUUCACCACCUCCGCCCUCUCCGCGCCCGACGCUAUUGAUAACAUUGUCUCCGACGCCGAGGGCAUUGCGCAAACCGCCGUCUCCGGGGCCGAGAACGCCGCCACCUCCAUCGCCAGCUCCGCCGAGACGGGCGGUGCGGCAGUCGCCUCCGACGCCCGCUCGUGGGGAGAAUCGGUUGCUUCCAACGCCGAGUCCUGGGGCCAGUCGGUUGCCUCAGAUGCUCGUUCCCAGGCCUCGGACGUUGCCUCGAAAGCCUCCUCGCGUUGGGAUGAUCUGACCACUCUCACCGGCACCAACGGCGAGGCCACGGCCACUUCGACUAUCUCUGGGGGAAACACCGUGACCGUGUCUACGGCGACCGCCACCACUACCGGUACCACUUUCACCACCACCGGCACCUCGACUGGCAAAAGUGCCGAUUCGACCCAGCACUCGAGCUCGGGUAGCCGCAGCAGCAGUAGCACCGCGUCGACUUCCAGCUCCGCGGGCGCAGGUGUCCAGGCUACCCCCGCUGCUGUCUUGGGUUACGGCAUUGCCGGGGUCGCGGGUGUUCUGGGUGUGAUGGCUGCGUUAACCGGUGUUUCUUUUUCCAUUGGCUUUUGA